UGAGAUUGCCGCCAGUUGCCGGGCAGCAGCAGGAACAGAAUCAGUUGAGCGGUUCUCGGGUCUAGUCUGUGUGAGCGCGGCGGUCACUGCUCAUCCGUCUAUUAUCUCUUCGGAUCAGGACAAUUCCAUUUUCUCAUCUUGUAAUCGCGCCUUCUACCCGUAGUGCGUUCGGUGUUUAUCCACGACAGAAUUAUCCGAGCGAAAUUCUUGACAACCUGCCAACUACCUGUUGAACGAAGGUCGAGCAACGCAAAAUGGCGGGCUUCAUCAGAAGGAAUCUGCUGACAAUCUUCACCAUUCUGGGAGUGGUCGGUGGGGGAGCUCUAGGUUUUCUGCUGAGGCAAACUGGACCGGGGCAAUGGGACAAGAGAUCGGUGAUGUACCUGGCCUUUCCGGGAGAGAUAUUCUUGAGGAUGUUGAAAUGUCUGAUAAUUCCUUUGUUGGUAACAUCGGUAGUAACCGCCAUCGGCAGUUUAGACCUCAGCUUGUCGAAAAAAAUCGCCUUUAGGGCGAUCGCCUAUUAUUCGGCGACCACGAUUUGUGCGGUGAUACUAGGGAUAAUUCUAGUGACGACCAUAAGGCCUGGAGUGGGACUUAAGCCUUAUGAAGACGAUAGUGCCCAGCCGAAGAUGAGGCAUGUGACGACUGAGGACACACUUCUAGAUCUGAUAAGAAAUGUGUUUCCUCCGAACUUGGUGGGGGCUUGUAUAACGCAGACUCAGACGUCACUUCAUCCGCCUCAAAACUACAGCAAAGAAUUGGAAGAUGCGGGAACAAAAUACGACAAGUCCACUUGGUCAUUCGACCAGACUGAGGAGAAUACAACGAACGUUUUGGGAUUGGUCACCUUCAGUAUCGUCUUGGGAAUUGCCAUAGGAAAACUGGGUUCGAAAGGAAAACCUCUGCUAGACUUUUUCGACGUCCUCAGCGAGGCUAUCAUGUUGAUAACUAGCUGGGUAAUUUGGUUAUCACCUCUUGGGGUGUUCUUUUUGGUAGCAGCAAAGAUUUUGGAAGAGAAGGACUUCGUGGACCUUAUUGGAAGACUUGGGCUGUACUUCGCAACCGUACUUCUCGGUUUAGCCCUCCAUGGUUUCGGUACCCUGUCCAUCCUCUACUUCAUCGGUACAAGAACCCUGCCUUUCAAAGUUAUCGGACAACUCAGUCAAGUUAUCGCUACCGCUUUCGGAACUGCGUCCAGCUCUGCAACCAUGCCAAUCACCAUAAGGACUAUGGAUGAGAUGGGUUUAGAUCCUCGUAUCACAAGAUUCGUCAUCCCCAUUGGUGCAACCAUUAACAUGGAUGGUACUGCUUUGUAUGAGGCUGUAGCAGCGAUUUUCAUUGCCCAAAUAAGAAACAUUGACAUGAGUUUCGGAAGAUUGGUAGCUGUGAGCAUAACUGCAACGGCGGCCAGCGUGGGAGCUGCAGGCAUCCCCCAGGCAGGUCUCGUCACUAUGGUGAUGGUACUGGACACGGUCGGACUACCAUCCAAAGAAGUCAUCAACAUCAUCGCCGUAGACUGGCUUCUAGAUCGGUUCAGAACAACGAUAAAUGUAAUGUGUGACUGUCUUGGGGCAAGGUUGGUUGAUCUCCUCAGUCAAGAUGAGGUACAGAGAUUCAAUGAGCAAGAUAAAUUGAAAGCAGACCCUCACGAAUUAGUGGAAAUAACGAAAGAUAGUCGUAUUUAAACUAAUAAAUGUUGACAAACUUUUAAAAAUUAUUUUCUCAUGUGGACUAUAUGUAAAGAGUACAUUAUCGUACUUGGCACUUCUAUCUCACAAACACUUUCUCCUUCAAAAUUGAUGUAAAUGGCAAACGAUAAUGAAGUCCUAUACUCCAAAUGUAAACCGAAUUUCAUAAUUGUAACUAAUUGCUAAAAAUUUUCGAAAGUGCAGAUAAUAUAUAUUUUUAAAAAGCCUCAAUAGUAAACCCAAUUUGAAAUAUAUUUUUCGAAAAAUCUAACCUGUCAUGGAUAACAAUAUAAUUAGGACAAUAAAUUAAAAUCGAUUUUAGAAAAUCCCUUCCACAUAAUCGAACUAUUUUAUCGAUCAUAUCAUUUGAAAAUUUGUAUAUUACAAUAUACAAAUUUUAGAGUACAAACAGAAAAAAAAAAUAACGGAACUUGAUCAGAGAAAUACUUUAUUUCACUGUAAAUAUCAUACUCUAUAUAAACUGUAUCAGUGUUGAUUGUUUUAAAUGCAUAUUAUUGUCAAAUCGUAUAUAAGUAUAAAGUAAGAUAUUCUUUCCAGUGUGUUGUGGACCUUUAAUUUAAGAAUUGUUUGAGUUCUUUUCGUUAUUUAAGUAUCAAUCAUUUGGAUACAUUUACUGAAUUACUUAUUUAACAAUUUAUGUUGAGGUUGACAUAAAUAUGAAAUUUUGAACAUGUUAACAUAGGGACCAAUUCUGUUUUUAUCUAUUAAAUUUUUAGUAUGAAUUAUAUUAUUGUUAAUAUACUUGGAGGCAAUUAUUCAAAGAAUCUUAUUCACUGUGAAUAUUAAGUCGACAAGACAAUAAACUGCCGUUGAAUUUAAGUAACAUUAUAAGUGAGUGCCAUAAUUUAAACUAAUGUAGGUACUUCACAAACAUUGUUUUUAUUUUUGUUUUUAUAUAUAAUAUAAGAUGUAUCUCGAAUAAAUUUGAAUGUAAGAA